AUGAGUACCACAGAUCAAACUUCCACGGUUCCUGUCCCGGCAGAGCCGGCGUUGGACUACCACUUCAAGUACACGGUGCAAAAGGGCGUUUUCAUGCAGAGCGAAGAUGAGACUGAUGACAGGAGUUUCGAUUUCAAGACGCAAAAGUUUGGUCUGAUAGACCGUUCCUACCCGGGAGAUGAUGACAGCGAGGAAAAGCAAUGGAAACGUCUUGAACGAUAUGUGGCCAGUCUGGAAGCAGCGAAGAAAGAGGGUGAGAGUUACAAAGUACUCUUCCUGGGUCGCCAUGGUCAGGGUUGGCACAACGUUGCAGAGACGAAGUAUGGGACAAAAGCUUGGGAUUGCUACUACGCCGCCCUCGACGGCUACGACGGCAUAACCUGGGCGGACGCAAACCUCACCAUUGUGGGCCAAGACCAAGCUCUCGCUGUGAACAAGCUGUGGGCCGAACAACUGCCCCUCGGCAUUCCACCCCCACAAACAUACUACGUCUCGCCCUUAACCCGCACAAUCGAAACAGCAAACCUGAGCUUCAAGUCCCUUCCACUUCCGUCAUCCCACCCCUAUAAACCCUUCAUCAAAGAGCUCGUCCGCGAAGCCCUCGGCGUACAUACAUGUGACCGCCGCAGCACAGCCUCGCACAUCAAGGCCAUUUUCACGGACCCACCUCUCACUUUCGAACCCGGUUUCUCAAACGAAGAUCUUCUCUGGGAAGCUGGAUAUAGGGAACCGAGGUCCGCAAGACGGUACCGCCUAGCCACGUUUCUGGACGAUGUUUUCGCCACCGACGACAAUGUGUGGUUGAGUUUUACCAGUCAUUCGGGAGCGAUUGGCAGUAUGCUGGAGGUGCUUGGGCACAGGACGUUUGCGCUUGAGACGGGCGGUGUUAUCCCGGUUUUUGUCAAGGCGGAGAGGGUGCAGGGGAAGAGGGAGGUUCCGCCCAAGGAACCAAGUGCUUCGCCACCGUUGUGUGAUGGACCGCCUGAGGUAGUCUCAUCUGAGAACCUCAUCACAACCGAAUCGAUUGUUCACACUUUGCUAUGUCACGCGUGUAAUUCACGACGUACUUCGCUUGCCAUGAUAGCACAAAUAUUGGCGAAAGCGCAUAAAGAGCACAGUCUGCUCGCAUAUCCCGAUCUCGUCAACUACCAUCUACCGAUUCAUCAGCAGCAGACAAUGUCCACCCCUCCGCCCACCGAACGAGACCUCUCUUGGACUUUCGAUCAACUCAAGACAAAGUACGACAUCCUCUGGAACGCGUAUUCUGAUCAUCACGUGCCGCUUGAUGAUAGGAGUGAAGAGGAUAAAAAGAGGAUUGCCGAGCUUGAGACUUCGCUACAGGAGCUUCAGAAGAAGUAUGACGCCAAGCUUGAGGAGCAGAAGGAGAGCAAGGCGCAGAGCGAGUCAUCGAAUGAUAUGCAUAACAACUACAUCGAUAAUGACGUUAACCUCUAA